AUGGAUUCCAGCGCAACCGCCAAACCCGCGCAGCGAGACGCCUAUUUGAAGCGCUCUCUCGGCACUCUCUCCAGGCGCAUUCGUGAGUCUCGCGUACUCUUGGUCGGCGCUGGCGGCAUCGGCUGUGAGCUUCUCAAGAACCUGCUCCUCACCGGUUUCGGCGAGAUACAUAUCAUCGAUUUAGAUACUAUAGAUCUCAGCAAUUUGAAUCGCCAGUUUCUAUUUCGACACGAGCAUAUCAAAAAACCGAAAGCUCUGGUAGCGAAGGAGGUCGCUGGGAAAUUCCGGCCUGACGCAAAGUUGGAAGCAUAUCACGCCAAUGUAAAAGACAUUCAGUUCAACGUCGAUUGGUUCAAAACGUUCGAUAUUGUUUUCAACGCCCUCGACAAUCUUGAUGCCCGCCGUCAUGUCAACCGCAUGUGCCUUGCAGCCGACGUACCUCUGGUGGAAAGUGGAACAACAGGUUUCAACGGCCAAGUUCAAGUUAUAAAGAAGAAUCGUACCGAAUGUUAUGAUUGUAACCCGAAGGAAGUGCCCAAGACUUUCCCAGUGUGCACUAUUCGGAGCACCCCAAGUCAGCCAAUCCACUGCAUCGUAUGGGCAAAGAGCUACCUUCUUCCGGAGCUUUUCGGAACGAGCGAAACCGACAGCGACGAAGAUGGCUUUGACCAUAGCGAGGAUGCUGAAAAUGCCGAGGAAAUUGAGAAUUUGCGCCGCGAAGCACAAGCUCUGAAAACAAUUCGCGAAUCUAUCGGCUCGGAGGACUUCGCUCAAAAGGUAUUCGAUAAAGUCUUCAAAGGAGAUAUUGAACGGUUACAAGGAAUGGAGGACAUGUGGAAGACGAGAAAACCGCCAACAGCCUUAGACUACCAGACCGUACAAAAGGACGCUAGCUCGGUCGAUGUCACUGUGUCGCAGAAUGACCAAAAAGUGUGGACAACAGAAGAAGACUUGGUAGUUUUCAAGGACAGCUUGGAUCGUUUGAGCAAGCGUAUGAAGAUGCUUCAGUUGGAAAAAAAUGGAGACAUUGAACCUGUGAUCACAUUCGACAAGGACGAUGUUGACACCCUGGACUUUGUGGCUGCAAGCGCAAAUUUACGAUCCGUAGUAUUUGGCAUUGAGACCAAGUCAAAGUUUGACAUUAAGCAAAUGGCUGGAAAUAUCAUCCCCGCUAUUGCCACCACAAAUGCUAUGACAGCCGGCCUAUGUGUGCUUCAAGCCUUUAAGGUUCUCAAGGACGAUUACAAUCAAGCCAAGAUGGUGUUUCUCGAACGCUCCGGUGUUCGUGCAAUCAACACUGACAGUCUGCGACCACCGAAUCCGUACUGCGCUAUGUGCUCUGUAGCUCAAGGCCGGGUUUUUGUCGAUAUUGAACAUGCAACACUGAAUGACUUAGUCGAAGACAUCGUUCAGGGCAAGCUUGACUACGGCGAAGAAUUCUCUAUUAAUACAGAUGCAGGCAUGAUCUAUGAUCCAGAUCUCGAGGACAACCUGCCGAAGAAGCUGAAAGAUCUUGGUGUCGCCUCUGAGAGUCUACUUACCGUCAUUGACGAAAAAGAUGACGAACCUUUUGUCAACGUGGAGCUGAUGGUGGUAGAAAAAGCUAGACCUACCCCCGAGGAUAAAGCUGUUUCCCUUGCAGAAGAUAUUAAUAUUCCCAAGAAACCUCGACAACAAGCUCCACCCGAAGAGCAUCUUUCCAACGGGACCGCAGUCAACGGCGGAACUGCCAAACGGAAACGCGACGCUGAAGAGGCUGAUCUUGACGGAGAACCUGAUGCAAAACGUCUUGCCAAACAAAAUGGCGAAAGCAACCAGCCAAUUGUUCUUGAUGACCCUGAAAGCGGAGCCAUUGUCAUUGAUGACGAUUAG